GCUGUCCUUCAGAACACUUUCAUAGUUAGGCAGAUAACGUGAAAGACCUGGUGUCUACAACGAAGCUGUUGAGGUUGAGGCCCUGCCGAUAUUACACCGGGGAACAAGCCGUGCCGCCUAAGCGCGUUUGAGUUCUUGAACAGGCAAUUUCCGAAAACGUUACCAAAAAUUUGAACGUCGCGACGUCCACUUUGAUUCUUCCACUUCAUCCCAAUCAGAGCUCAGCGCUGCCCCUCCUUAUACCAGUCGCUUUAUUCGGGGCUAGAUUACAGCGCAUCAUGUCAAGCACGAUGAGCAUCAGACAGUCGUCGGAUGUGAAAUACUCGCAAGUCCCGCAGAAUGAUACAGAAGAUAUUGUCGAGUUGAGAAAGGCGCAAAGCACUGCUCAGCAACUCUCAAUCUUGAAUCAUCCAGCACUACCUGUUCUAUGUUACUGUCUCGCAUCCAUCAUGAUGACGGUUGUAAAUAAGUAUGUCGUAUCCGGAGCCAACUUCAACAUGACUUGUCUUCUCCUCGCUAUUCAAUCAACCGUCUGCGUUGUGGUCGUUCAGUUUGUCAAAGCCCUUGGAAUCAUCGACUUCCAGGAUUUCGAUAUAACUGUUGCGAAGAAGUGGUUUCCCGUAAGUUUUAUGCUGGCUAGUGUCAUAUAUACCGGGUCAAAGAGUCUGCAAUACCUCAGUAUCCCUGUAUUCACUAUUUUCAAGAAUUUGACUAUCAUCUUAAUUGCCUAUGGCGAAGUGUUAUGGUUUGGGGGCAAGGUCACCCGUCUCUCACUUGUUUCCUUCCUUCUCAUGGUUUUUUCGUCGAUUAUUGCCGCCUGGUCUGAUAUCGCGAUUACUCUCGAAAAUGUGAGCAGCGCUUGGUCUUCUGUUGAUCCAGGCUCUGGCUCUGCCCCACUGCCCGUCUCCUCGAUACUGGUGACCUUGUCUGGUGGAUACUUCUGGAUGUUCUUAAAUUGCAUAUCCACGGCCGCUUAUGUUCUAACAAUGCGAAAGCGGAUAAAGGCGAUGAGCUUCGGUGACUGGGACACUAUGUUCUACAACAAUUUCUUAUCGAUCCCAGUCCUCACCAUCUUUUCCUUCUUGGUCGAGGAUUGGUCAAUGGUGAACCUGGUCAAGAACUUCCCUCCCGACAACCGACAACUCCUGUUGUCUGCCAUCGCCUUUUCUGGUGCCGCGGCUGUUGGUAUCUCCUACACCACUGCAUGGUGUCUUCGUGCCACCAGCAGUACAACCUACAGUAUGGUUGGUGCUCUGAACAAAUUGCCCAUUGCCGCUUCUGGCAUGGUGUUCUUCGGAGACCCUAUCACCCUUGGUUCUGUGUCUGCUAUCUCGGUUGGUUUCUUUGCGGGCGUUGUGUAUGCAGUUGCGAAAAACAACCAGGCGAAGGCUGAGAAGGCACGAUUAGCGCAGUCGUCAGAGAUUCCACUUCACCAAGCGAAGAGUUAAUUCCCUUACCCGUGAUCCAUUCCUGCUCAUGGCUCAAAGCUUGCAUAUUCACACCAGUUCAUCUCUAUGGACGUCCCUAAUCCUUAGACUGCAGUUCCCAAUAAACUUAUAGUCUUUCGCAACUUUGAUAUUACACAUUUUCGCCUCAGUAGAUAAUGCCUUACACACCGCGUCCUCUAAUCGAGGAACGGCGGUGUUUCCAGAGGUCCUAGCUCUCACCUGUCCAUUAAGGUAACUAUCCAACGUAGGCAGGUUAGCCUCUAUCAGAUAUUCAAUGCAAUUACGAAGUGCCAAAACGGG